CAGAGAUUCCUCCCCUCCGGAACCAGAUGGAGCCUCGCUUGGCGGUGCUGGUGCUGCUGCUUCUGGACGUCGCUUGCUUCCACUCGGCGGCGGCUUCACGGAGGGGAGCCAGCGGCCCUAAAGUCACAGAGAAGUUGAGGGUGGACCCCGCUCCCUGCUCACUGACAGAUGAAGAACUCCCGGGACCCCCGUGAGGAUAAGCGGCUCAGAAAAUGGACGGAUGGAUGGAUGGGUCCAAUGUUUUCACUUCUGAUCCAACACCAAUAUUGCACCUUUGAGUUUUGGCUGGUGUUUUUUGACAUCACGGUGGCUGGUCAUGAAGUGGGUCGCAUCGUCAUUGGCCUCUUCGGAGAGGUGGUCCCGCUUACUGUCAAUAACUUUGUCGCCCUGGCAACCGGAGAGAAAGGCUACGGCUACAAAGGCACAAAGUUCCACCGGGUCAUCAAAGACUUUAUGAUCCAAGGAGGAGACUUCACUGCGGGAGAUGGAACUGGAGGUCACAGCAUCUACGGGGUGACGUUUCCUGACGAAAAUUUCAAACUGAAGCACAGCUCAGCGGGAUGGGUCAGCAUGGCUAACGCUGGCGCGGACACCAACGGCUCACAAUUUUUCAUCCUGGCCACCAAAGCGCCAUGGCUGGAUGGGAAACACGUGGUCUUUGGAAAAGUUCUGGAUGGAAUGUCUGUGGUGCACACCAUCGAGCUCCAGGACACCAACGACAGAAACCUGCCGUACGCCGAAUGUGUGGUGGUCAACAGCGGACGCAUUGCUGUCAAAGAUCCCUUUAGUGUCGAUGUGGACGGAUGGUAGACCAUCCAAAUAUUCUGUAUUCUCGAGAAGAAUCUCAAAAAUUGUUCACUAGUUACCAAGCUAGCAGCAACAUUGUAGCAACUAUUUUCAUCUUGUAAAUCAUCAAAGUUUAAUUUAAACCUCCUAAAUGCUUUUUUUAAUAAUGGCAUAAUAACAGUCAAAAACAAAGGGGGGGAUUAUCUUAAAAAGUGUUAAACUAGGGGUGUCACUAUCAAAUCUUUUUAGAAUCGAAUACCAUAAUUCCCGGGCUACAGAGCGCACCUGGUUAUAAGCCUCACCCAGUACAUUUGUAAAGGAAAUACCAUUUGGUACAUACAUGGGCCGCAGCCAUAUAAAAGCUGCAAGUGCCCACAUUGAAACCCACAUUGAAACACGAGAUAUUUACACAGACGGUACACAGAAUUUAACUCUAUCGCCGCCGCGUUAAAGCUAGCGUCGCACAAACAGGGUCUGUUAAAAAAAAGAAAACAUACCGGUAAAAAUCACUGAGACACAGCAGUAACACGCUAGCGCAAUGCUAACAGGGCCGGACCAGUGAAAAUCACUUCCUCGGCGCAUAUAUUCCACCAGUCUCACUCUUACCUUUUCUGCUUGAGUGCCCCCUUGUGGCACUUUGCAAAAAUGCACACAUCACCGCAUUAACCGCAUGGUUGAAAGCGUGGCUCAUAGGCUGGAAAUUAUGGUAAUUGAAUAACACCCCCCCCCUUACUAAAUAUGUAUAUUUCAGAAUUUACAAGAAUUAAGGCUUUUUUUUUUUUUUUUUAACAUGAAACACGGGCUCGUAAAACAUGUAAAUGACUGUUUAAAAGUACCAAAUUGACCCAGUCUUCAUUAGUUAUGCUAGCAAAUGUUGAGUCUUUUAAGUAACGUAGACAUUUAAAUCUCUUGAAUUUAGUUUGUCUAUAAUUUACAACAGAAAAUAAUCAAGCAUAAGUUUUAAAACCGAUAGUUACCCAGUGAAAAGUGUCAAAUUUAAAUGUUUCAGUUGUGAGGAGGCUAUCAUGCAAGCAGAAGCUGCUUGCAAUAGUUUAUCUAUUUAAACCACUUAAUUUAACACAAAAUGGGCUCCACGCUAAUAUUUGAAAUGUACAAAUGUGUUAAAUCAUCCUAAUUAACCACAUAUGGAUUUAUUUGUAUGUAUCGAGGUAUAAAAUUGAUCAAGGUAAAUAUUUUUUUAAUGUCAUAAAAAUUCUCUUUAGGUGCUAUGAUAAAGCUCCAUGUGCUGUCUUCCCUAUGCAUUCACAAUAUUCAUUCUGUCAUUCAUUUUCCGGACCGUCUAUCCUCACUAGGGUCUUGGAUGUGCUGUACCCUAUCCCAACUAUUUUUGGGUGAGGUCCGGGGUCCAUCCUAAACUGGGCACAAGCCAGUUACAGGGCACAUAUAAAUAAACAAAACCAAAAAUAUAAUGCACUUAAUAUGGUGUGUCACAGAGCACAUAUAAACAAACAAAACAAAAAAAGUAAUGCACUAAAUAUGCUGUAAAUAAUUAAUCACAGUUAAUGCGGUAAUUUGACAGCACUAAUUUGAACAUUCAAUAGGUGUGGUUCUUUUGUUACGUUUUAGUUUUACAGUAAACUUCAACUGCAAUGUCAAGAAACAACAUUAAGAACGACCAUUCACACCGUCGGGCAAAUCAAGAGUUUUCAAUUUACCUACCAACGCAUGUUUUGGGGAUGUGGGAAGAAACUGGAGUAUCCAGAGAAAACCCACGCCGGCACGGGGAGAACAUGCAAACGCCACAAAGGCGAGACCGGAUUUGAACCGGGUCCUCAGAACUGAGCAGCAUUUUAUAUAUUAUCUUUCGAAAAUGAAAUGAAACUAUAUGCAACCCAUAGCAACACAAAUGUACAAAAGAAAAAUCAAUAUCGCAUUGAAUAUGUUUACAUGAAAUGAUGCUAACUAGCAUGAUAGUGCCACCGCUUCACUGUGCUCCUUUUCGAACCACUAUCGUACUGUGAAUCUGAUCUCUUCAAUGAUGUCAUCAACAUAUCACGUUGUGUUCUAACCUCAGCACAUGCUUUUUUUUAACCAAUGUUUUUACUCAAUAUGAUUGUUUACAAUAAAUGUCAAUGCCAAACAAA